CUAAACCGUGCAUCGACCUGAUUGUAUAGCGGGCUACUAACCCUAUAUUAUCUAUACAAACCAGUAGCGACCUUCUUAAUAGCCAACUUCUUUGCCUAGUAUCGUCUGCCUUGUACGGGUUAAUUGAAUGCCAACGGUUGCUGGUCGAGUUGUUCCUGAACCUGUAACCAUGCCUAACCAAUCAUCAUCAGCCAUUGUGGUAGGUCCUUCUCGCCAAAUCACAGCACUGGCUCGUAAAGCUAUUUCUUUUCAAAAGCGUCAAAUGUUUACAAAUAUCUGCUGCAUCGGCCUGUGUCCAUUUUUAAUGGUAAUCAUUUCUGCAGGACUUGGUACUCUUAUCACUAGGCUUAUUUCAAGAAGCACAAGUGUAUCAGAAUUUUUGCGCUGCUCUAAUGUAUCUGCAAUGAGCUAUCCUGGAAUUCCAAACUGGAAUGCAACUGUGGGAUUGCCUUUGCUACCCAAAUCAGAUCUAUGGACAGGCGCCACUAUGGAUGAUAUUUAUCAAACCAACUACGAUGUUGUUAUCAACUUUGGUUUGGAUGGUCCGCCAGGUGCUGCAGUGGCUUCAUUUCAGCAUCCGUGCGUGUUUUGGUAUGGCGAAAACUAUCCCUUUUCUCCACUCUAUGAAAUGAACCCAGGCGCCAGUGGAAAUGCUGUUCGUGAUUCAACCUAUACAGCCGAGCCUCAAGGUGGAUGGUUCAUGGCCUUGUUGAAUGGCAUGUCCUCUGGUGUAGUCGAUGCUCGUAGUCUUCAGCGAUUUAUUGGUUUGCAACUCAGAUCUUGGGCAAUCUAUUCUGCUGAAAAUGCUGAUACACUUUCAAUGCUUGGAAGCAAGCCAAUGCAGAAUACGAUACCACUGCCUGCACUGCUAUCUGCACCCAGCACAAAUGCAUUUAUAUCCCCAAUCACAAACUCAUCUAUUGGUCUUUUGGGAACUAUUCCCACACGCUACUGGGGUGAUCUUGGUGGUAUUUCAAUAUCUAAUCCUGGAUCUAGUGCUUUGAAUGUUCAACCUGUUCCAUGGUUCAACUAUACCGGUGGCUCUGAUAAUGAUCUUGAUGUUUCCAUUUCUAAUGCUUUAAACGAAGUCAUUCUGGCUAUUUCUAAAGUUGAUAAAUCUGCCAUACAGAGAAAUAUCAAUUCAAACGUCAGUGCUACCAAUGAGUUGUUUUUGAAAAUUGGGAAAAUUCUCAACGAUCUUCCCCAUGGAGCUGUUUUCUUUAACAAGAUUGAUCAUGCCAACAAGCGGUACUCUUGGAAUAUGCACUACGGCACGGAUAUUCGACUGACUGCAACGUCCAACUUUCCUGUACCGGGUGUGCGUCUGAUACAGCAACAAACCCAACUUGACAAUGCUAUCCUGCGAAACUCCAAUGUUUCAGUUUAUGGAAAUGCUAGCAUCACUCAAGGAUUGCGUAUUUUGCCCUACGUUGCCAAUAAUAAGCUUAACCUUCCUUUUGGAGGUCUUAUUGGAGCCAUUUUAUACCCGUUUGGCGUUUCUUUUCUUUUACCGGUAUUUUGCGUAAUCCUUGUUCAAGAAAAGGAAUAUCGUGUUCUUGUCAUGAUGCAAAUGAAUGGCAUGAAAUCUAUUUGGUAUUACGUCAGUCAAUAUGGAAACAAUCAGGUUUCUCUUGCAUUUCUUUUCAGUACUUUUUUCAAUAGAAGCAGAUUUGCUUUAGCCAUUGUUGUCUGUCUUUUGUUCAAAGUGAUUGUGUUUUUGGCUGUCCUUCUUUCUGUUCUUAUUGCCUUGACUGUCGACAGUAUUUUUGUCAGUGGAAGUGCUCCACUUGCAUACUUUAUUUGGCCUCCGUUUGCUUUCUAUCGCGCACUUACGGUUUUGAAUAAAGCGUCGUAUGCUGGGAGUUUGCAGCCAUACAAGCUGUCUAUGAUCCGACCUGGCAACGAAGUUGGAAAUGCUAUUAUUUUCAUGGGUGUUGGUGUUUUCGUGUAUCUUACACUGGCAAUCUAUCUUGCUGCCGUUCUUCCGUCCGAGUUUGGUGUUCGUAGACCAUGGCAUUUCCCUGUCACGGAUACUAUUCGCAAAAUUAAAGCAGCAAGGUUUGCUAAAGAUAGUGACGGAAUCCAUACCGCCGAGGCCGAGCUUGCACUGUCUAUUCAGGUCGAUGAGUCUGAAACUCAGUAUGAGGAUGAAGAUGUCAAGGCUGAGCGCAAUCGUAUUCUAUCGCGAAAUUUUGAUGCCACAUCUCCUUUAAUCCUAUCACACAUGCGAAAAGUAUAUAGUGGGAGGGGUGGUGCGGGCCCCAAACUUGCCGUCAAGGAUGUCACAUUUGCAGUCGAAGAGGGGAUUGUAUUUGGAUUACUUGGACCUAACGGUGCUGGUAAAACGACUCUGAUUAGUAUUUUAACUGGGCUAUACCAAUCUUCCAGUGGUGAAGCUACACUUGCUGGAUACAAUAUCAAAACCGAUACAGCCGAAGUAUAUAAAAAUAUUGGUAUUUGCCCGCAGUUUGAUAUUCUCUGGGAAGAAUUGACUGUAAGCGAGCAUCUCUUUUUUUACGCUCGACUCAAGGGUGUAACGGCUGAUUGCGAAAAAGUCGCAGUGCAAAAUGCCAUCAACGAUGUUGCUCUUUCUGGAUUUGAACAUCGCAUUUCCAAAGGACUGUCAGGCGGUGAAAAGCGUCGAUUGAGUAUUGCCAUUGCUCUUAUUGGCAAUCCGAAAGUUGUUUUUUUCGAUGAACCUACGACUGGUCUCGAUCCCGAAGUGCGUCGUCUUAUCUGGGGGAUUGUCAAUACAGCCAAAAUAGGCAAAACCAUUGUGCUGACUACACAUUCAAUGGAGGAGGCAGAAGCACUAUGCCAGCGUAUUGGUAUAAUGGCUAAGGGAACAUUGCGUUGUUUGGCUAACCCGAUCCGUUUGAAGCAAGUGUAUGGUGCAGGAUUUAAACUUUAUUUUAAUACUCUUGAAGCGGACAUGCCGCGUGCCAUUCAAUAUAUAGAAUCUAUUUUGCCUAAAGGUUUCAAAGUGAUUGAUGUUUUUGCCACCAAUGCAUCGUACGAGUUUCCAGGUGUUCCAGGUAUUCUGCCUCAACUAUUUCGUGGUAUUGAGCAAUCCAAGGACUCUGUGGGUAUUUUAGAUUGGGGUAUUGGCCAAACGACACUUGAAGAAGUUUUUAUUCGCUUGAUUAGUGAAAGCGAUGCUUCUGCCGAGUAUUGA